CUAUUCACAACCAUAAGUGUGUAUCACUACGCAUCUCCACAUCGCCAUUUGUGACGACUCUGUAUUUGGACGACAUUUCUUCUGCAAUCUAAAGCAUCCGUCGGCAAACUCGACUUAUUGACCAAAAGCGACGAUCAACUCCGUCUCAUGUCGUCCUCGAUCGAGAAUCUCAAAACAUUUGACCCCUUUGCUGAUGCAAGUAAGUCUGAGGAAGGCAGUGGGCAGGACUCGCUGAUUCACAUAAGAAUACAGCAGCGCAAUGGUCGCAAAACCCUGACCACUGUGCAGGGCAUCAGUGAGGACUACGACCUGAAGAAGAUUGUCAAGGCUUUCAAGAAGGAGUUUGCAUGCAAUGGUACAGUUGUGGAGCAUCCUGAAUACGGUGAAGUGAUCCAGCUCCAGGGAGACCAGCGCAACAAAGUGUGUGACCUUCUCGUCAACUGGAAGCUGGCAACAGCCGGCAACCUCAAGGUCCACGGGUUCUAGAGCAGCACGUCGCCCCUCCGCGCUGGUGUUCAUGGUCUUGAGUGACCAGGCACAGUUUUACACUUAGAGCUUUAGAGUUUAGGGCAGGAGAAGCAGUCUAGCAUGACGUUAUAAACUUAGCCAGCAGACUCUCACAUGUAUUGGAUCUGAACCAACAAUUCAAUGGUUUUACAGCAGCAAGGAAGUUAGCCAGAGCUGGAGGGAUGGAAGGGGUGACAUGAAGGGAGAAAUGCAUCGUGUAGAAAGGUAGCAUCAUGACUUAACCAUAAUUUGUUGGCUAGCCACAGUCCAGUGGUUUGAAUCUGGUAGAGAAAGUACAGUAGCUUGGUAAAUACUGCCUGGACAGAAUUAGCUCUUGUCCAUAUGUGCAAACCUGAUGUAUGUUGUAAUCAGUACAUGUAGACAAGGGCUGCGUAUGUUGAGAUAAUGUUUAUCAAGUUAGUGAGUGUCUGAUACAUUUGGAACGGUAACUUAUAAAUGUAAGUAUCAGUGUUAAUCUUCCCGCAAUUUAUUUCCACCUGUUGUUUUGCUGUGUACUAAUUUCCUGCAUUGUAUGAAUAAAUUUCACACCAAA